AUGGAUGAGUUCGUACGCUUACGUGCAAAGGAGGACCGUCCUAAACGGAAACGUGCUGACCAUGCGGUCGUGCGGAGUUUUUCAGCAAAUACGCUGGCAACGUCAUUGCCCGUUAAAUGCCCAUCAGAGGUUGAGGCCAAAGAAGGAGGAAACCCUCGAUGUCUUCCCAAGGUCCUCAAAAGUGAUCGCGAUAGGGAUUCUAACUAUCCCGAAGUAUCCCCAACGGAUUCCGAAUUAAGCAAACCCUUGCACAAAAUGCCCAUCUUCUGUCAGGCUUCAUCGAAUCCAUUGGAAAAUUCAUUACAUGGGCGUCGGAAUCACCCUACACAUCAUCUUCCAGCCCUGUUAAGGGAUACCGUGCUGUGUUCACAUGAUGGUUCUGGGUUAAGUGAGCCGUUUAGUGCACUUGCGGUGGACAUCGAAACCACAGGAUUGUCCCCAAACGUUGACCAAAUUAUCGAAUUAGGCUGUGUUGAACUGCGGUGGAAUGGGUGUGGGGUGUGUGGAAAAGACAUUUCUGAAAAUAGUUUGAUGGAUCAGUGGGUGCGUGGGAGUCGUACUUUUCAUCGUUUGGUGCGGCUUACGGUGCGCAUGACUCGCGGCGCCGCAGGGAUUCACCAUCUUUCCGAUCAGGAACUGCGGGCCGCAUCUGACUGGAAAGAGGUCUCUAAGGAGUUUAAAGUGUUUUGUGAUGCCCUGUCGGGUUGUGGUGGUGGGGCCUCGAAUGCGUCCACGGUGGUUGGAAAGGGCGAUCCCAACGCAGCUCACGAAUCCUUUAUUUUGCCGCCAUUAAUUGCCCACAACGCACAAUUUGAUGGUGCCUUUAUCGAAAAUUGUCUAAUGCAGGCUGGGUAUAGGGUGCUAUGGCACCCACUUUACGCGAUCACCUGCACUAAGCAGUUGGCGCGGCAGCUUUAUCCACAAUACGCGGCUAAUUUAGAUCGAGUGAGUGCAUAUCUUGGAGUUCCCGGGGCGGCUCAGCGGAUGCAGACCUCACACUCUGCAUUCAGGGAUGCUAUUCAGUGCGCAAAAGUAUUUUUACGAUUGGCCCACAAUGUUAGCGUCGAUCGGUCUGAGAAGCGAAUAACAAUGGAUUGGCAAUGGGAAAGGUGA